UUCUGAGUCGUCGUCGCCUUUUUGAAAAUGGAGUCAAUUGCAUUCCCUAAAUUAUCCAUAAUGGAAAGAUUAAAUGCGUUUAAUAUCGGAAGGGAUAAUUAAAUUAAUCGUUAACUUAUUUUCUACGUUAAUACCAAGUAUAUAAAAGUAAUUUAGUCAAUUCUUUCUCUACUUAUAUUCGUCAUUAAUCUUCCUCUUGUGGGGGUUUGGCAUGGUGCUGUAGUUCUCUUUUCAUUUUCGUUCAGUGAAAUACUUGUGAAAUCACGGUUCAAGAGCAACCAAGUAAUUCAACAUGCCGAAGAAUAAAGGAAAGGGAGGUAAAAACAGAAGAAGAGGAAAGAACGAGAAUGAAACUGAAAAGAGAGAAUUGGUCUUCAAGGAAGAUGGCCAAGAAUAUGCACAAGUCACCAAAAUGUUGGGAAAUGGUAGGCUAGAAGCUAUGUGCUUUGAUGGUGUCAAACGACUAUGUCAUAUCCGAGGAAAACUCCGUAAAAAAGUGUGGAUUAAUCAAGGUGAUAUAAUUUUGAUUGGUCUGCGUGAUUAUCAAGAUGCGAAAGCAGAUGUUAUCUUGAAAUACACUUCUGACGAGGCACGUAACUUGAAAACUUAUGGAGAAUUCCCUGAAACUGUUCGUAUCAACGAUACUGUCACCUUUGUUGAGGAUGGUUUCGACGAAGACAUUGAAUUCGGUGAUGAAAUCAGUGAUGACGACGAGGAUGAUGUUGACAACAUCUGAUGAGCCAAAUUAUAAAAGGUGCUAGAAUGGGGCGUCAAAUAUAGAAUGAGGACAUCUGAGAAAAUGGUGAGAAAUAAACAUCUAUAUCACAGUCCAAGCGUCGUGUUUGCUUCUAAUGAGUAACUGAUUACUUGUACCUAUAAAUAAACCACCACGUUUUUGAUCCA